AUGGGAGGCAAGUUGCUGUAGUGAGUCAAGGGGUUUAUAGAGACGGAGUACGUGGGCUUGUUCUGCAGAGUAUCUUUUGGAGCGGGAGAGUGUGCGAGGAUGUACGGAUGAAAGUGUGCAACAGCUAUUGAUCAAGGAGCUCCAUUACGCGAUUAGCGAAUCAUGAAUGGGACGCAAAAGAUGGCGUAAACUUCGCUCGAUGCUUUAUGGACCUAACGCGCCAUGCGCUCUUUGCGUGGCCGCAAUGCUGCGCGUUUUGUGCAGUCCACAUUCCCGAGGGAAGGUUACCGUUGCUUCAGUACCUACGACGAGGAUGCACCGCGUACACCUCGUCUUGCCCACUGACCAGCGUUCAGCGUUGCGCGCCUUACGUGGUGCAGACAAGGAUGACGCCCUGUAA